GGUAAUGGCUGCUAGGUGAGAUGAGCGGAUGGGCCACAUCCUUUGAGUACGAGUCGCUUCCUUUUAGAGGACCGUUAACUCGGGCGGUGCCGAGUUAAAAUGGUUGAUAUCCGACCUGAAAAACACCCCAAAACUGUAUUACACAUCGCGAACAUCGUCCUUCAAAUUGAACCCACUGUUAACAUCCCGUCUUAGUGGUCAGUUCUGCCUGCCCGUCAGAAGUUAAGCUGAGGCCAUGGCACUGAAGGACCGUGUAGAGGCGGUGCUCAAUGUGGGUCUUCGUGUUCCCAGCAUCAUGCUGCUUGAUGUCCUGUAUCGUUGGGAUGUCAGCUCUUUCUUCCAGAAGAUCCAGCGCUCCAGCCUCUCCAACAACCCCCUGUUCCAGUACAAAUACCUGGCACUCUACCUGCACUACGUAGGUUACAUUCUGAGUUUGGUGCUCCUGACUCUGCCUCGCCAGCACCUUGUUAAACUGUAUCUGUAUGUCCUGACAGCCCUGCUCCUGUUUGCUGGUCACCAAGUCUCGAGGGAUUAUGUCCGCAGUGAACUGGAUUCUGGCUAUGAAGGACCUGUCUAUCUGGAACCUCUCUCCAUGAACAGAUUCACCACAGCACUCAUAGGUCAGUUGGUGGUGUGUACGCUGUGUUCCUGUGUGAUGCAGACCAAGAGGAUUUGGCUUUUCUCUGCUCACCUCCUUCCUCUGGUGGCCAGGCUGUGUCUGGUUCCACUGGAGACCAUUGUCUUCAUCAACAAGUUCUCCAUGAUCUUCACAGGCCUGGAGGUCAUUUACUUCCUGGCUUCUAAUUUACUGGUACCAUACAAUCUUGCCAAGACCGCCUACCGCGAGCUGGCUCAGGUGGUGGAAGUGUAUGGACUGCUCGCUUUGGGCAUGUCUCUGUGGAACCAGCUGGUCCUUCCAGUUCUCUUCAUGUGUUUCUGGCUCCUGUUAUUCGCUCUGCAGAUCUACUCCUACUUCAGCACUAGAGACCAGCCUACCUCACGGGAGAGGCUUCUUUUCCUGUUUCUUACCAGUAUUGCAGAAUGUUGUAGUACACCAUAUUCCCUGCUUGGUCUGGUUUUCACUGUCUCUUUCAUCGCUUUGGGAGUUCUUACACUCUGCAAGUUCUACCUGCAAGGAUACAGGGCUUUUAUGAACGACAACACCAUGCACCGGGGCAUGACAGAGGGAAUUACCCUUUUGAUCCUUGCUGUUCAAACGGGGCUCAUCGAGCUGCAGGUCAUCCACCGAGCCUUCCUUCUCUCCAUUAUACUAUUCAUUGUAGUCGCUUCCAUCCUGCAAUCCAUGCUGGAAAUAGCGGACCCCAUAGUCCUGGCUCUGGGUGCAUCCAGAGACAAGAGUCUUUGGAAGCACUUCCGAGCUGUGUCUCUGUGUCUAUUCCUGCUGAUCUUUCCAGCCUAUAUGGCUUAUAUGAUCUGCCAGUUCUUCCACAUGGACUUCUGGCUCCUAAUCAUCAUCUCCUCUUCCAUCCUCACGUCACUGCAGGUCCUUGGCACUCUGCUGAUUUAUGUCCUCUUCAUGGUGGAGGAGUUUCGUAAAGCUCCAGUUGAGAACAUGGACGAAGUUAUUUACUGUGUCAAUGGCACUUACAGAUUGUUAGAGUUCCUGGUUGCAGUGUGUGUGGUGUGCUAUGGCGUAUCAGAGACUGUGUUUGGGGAGUGGAGUGUGAUGGGUAGCACCAUCAUCCUGGUGCACUCAUAUUAUAACGUCUGGCUCAGAGCCCAGCUGGGCUGGCAGAGCUUUCUGCUCAGGAGAGAUGCUGUAAACAAGAUCAAAAGCCUCCCCACAGCUAGCAGCACACAGCUGGAACAGUACAACGACAUCUGUGCUAUCUGCUACCAGGACAUGAACAGCGCUGUGAUCACUCCAUGCAGUCACUUCUUCCACGCUGGUUGUUUGAAGAAGUGGCUUUAUGUUCAGGAGACAUGUCCUCUCUGUCAUUCACAACUCAAGAGCCAGUCACCAGCCUCCAAUGUCCCCAACCAAGAUACUCCUCCAGCAAAUCAAAGUCCUGCAGGCCAGGAAGAAGCAGCAGGUGGCAUGAAAGAAAAAGACCGUACCUGUCCAGGUGAUGGAACAACAGAGGCAACAGCAGAACAGGAGGGAGAUAAGGAGGCUGAGGAAAGUUCCUCCCCCUCCUCAUCAUCCAGUUUGCCCUGUGACUCAAGAAAAGUUUUCAAGAUUUCAUCAUCAUCUUCAUCUCCAUCUCCCCUCUCGACUGAGCCCCAGUCAUCACUUGAACCUCUAUCUUCAUUCCCUUCCUCUGACACACAGGACAUGAACACCUCUUCUUCAUGUGUCCCCCACCCUGUGUCUCCCCCUGUCGUUCAUCAGUCAUCCUCACAGCUUCAGUCUCAAGUGGAGACCUGUGCUCACCCUGAGCCCACCCCUGAAGUAAACACAGGUUCCCCACUGAACAGCCAGCACCCAUCUGUCAGUUUGUCCCAGCAGUCAGAUUCACCCAGUUCCUCUUCUGAGGAUGAGCAGCGUCCUGUCCCAUGCAGCCAUUGAGCCCCAUCAUAACACAGUGAACAUCCAUGCAUAUACAUACAUGAAUACAGUCUAAAUGGUCUAUCAGACAUAGGCUGUUUGAAAUUUAUCUCAAAAUCUAUUUUUAGACAUAAAUUAAAUCUCUUAAGUACAUAUUCUUCACUCAGUUAAAGAAUCCAUCUGGACACAUUUGCCUUCCUUUGGCAAAAACUUGGUAGAGUUUAUCUAAAUGUGUUUGAAGAAUUACUUUAAUGCCAGCAGUAAUUUAACUAAGGUGGGCAUCACUUUUCACACUUUUUUGUUUGUUUGUUUAUUUUGUGUUCUGCACUCACUCUACAACCACCUACGGUACAAAAUCCAGGUAUUUGAUUUAAAAAAAAACAAAAAACAAAAUAUUGGGAAAGCAGUAAUCUCACAUCAACUUUUUAGUUCGACAUCUUGUCCAAGAAAUGUGAAGUCCUGAAAGGAACUCGAAUCAUGAUGCUUUUUUUUUUUAUUGUUUUCUAGUUGUAUAGUGACAUUUUGAAAUAACGCUUCAGACUCUUUCUCAUUUCAAUCCCAGGCAUUUCAGUGGUGGCUUUUCCCAUCCUGCCUUGGUUUGUGCAGCUUUUCUCUCACUGCUGUGCAUUUUAUAGUGUUUGGGUUUUCUCUGUAUGUGCCAUGAUUGGUAUGGAAUCGCUUAGGACACCCUUAUGAGACUAUCAGUAACCAAUGGUUGCAAUUUAAGUAGUUACAAACAUUUAACAUUUCAUAAAGUCUGACUGAUUUGUCAACACAUAUUUUUGGUUUUCAGUGACAGUAGUCUUGUGUAUCACUGAACUGUGGUUGGUUAUUAUUCUUUGAUGUUGCCACAUGAUUGAUCUGAAGCCUGGUGCUAAGCGUAGGAUGCAAGAUGGGGUCGAGUCAAGUGUUUAGUGAUUUCACAUGGAAUCGACCUGGUUCAUUAUAUGUGGCAAACUCUCUAUUGUACUGCUCUAAUAUCUGAAUACAACUUGUUUGGCUGGUCCCAACAAAACAGUUCUCAUCGCCAAACUUUAGUACUGUUAAAGACGAAAAAUUAUUUUUACAAUACUUUUUAGAGCAUUAUUGUUUUAUUGGACAGCACACGGUGCAGACAGAUUGCAAAGGAGGAGGAGAUAGAGUUAACGUAGAACUGUUUGUAUUUCAUCUUUCAAUUUAAUGAGAACGUGAGUGGAACAGAAAAGAGCCCAAACUUUUCUGUCAUUGGCUUUUACCUCAUUUAUGGUACGCAUCCUGAGCAGAACAAAAGGCGUUUUAUUGUUUGAGCCAGCUCUCACUAAACAUUUCACGAACCCUGUGAUUUUUAGAUUCUAAAGACUGAUGUCAAAUGUGAGAGCAGGCGCCUUUUCAACAAAUCACAUCAACACACCCCAUACUUUACCAAGACCAUCUGUGCCCUUUUGCUGCUCAAUCACCCCUGUCACUUUACACAAAUCAAAAGUUACUACCAGCAAAUUGAGCCGUUUGAUAGGAAGGCUUCUUUUUCUCCACAUGCGAUCGGAGACACACACUCAUCCCACUCCUGCGAAUCGUGCAGGAAUGUAAAGAAAUGUGUGUUUUAAAGAGUCUGUUUGAUCGAGAGACUUAAAAUCUUGGUAAUGCUAAGUCUUGAUGCACGCUUGUAUGUAGAGCUUGCACGCUGCCACUGUACCCAUAGCAUCUAUUCGUUUAGUCCCUAAUGUGCUCUAACCUUGCAACGUUUUUUCUGCCAUUUUUACCAUUUAUUUGUAUUUUUUUGGGUUGCAUUUGCACUAAUGUCAUUUAUACUAGCAACGCUCCAAAGCUGUUCUGUGGCUGUCGGCAACCAAAUACCCUCUGAUGUGUUUGUGUAGGAGGAAACAGCCCAAUCUUUUUGUGUGUAAUGUACAGUAUAUAAAUGUUGCUCUGUAUGACAAAUAUAUUAAUCCAGAGGAGUGUUCAUAUAUAAAUAAGAUUGGGGCCUGAUUUCUCCAAAGCUUCUUGGCGGUUACAUGUUCUUUGUUACUUUACAUGUUUGUGGACAAAGGUACCUUUUGAGCUGAGAAGCUUUUGGGAAACAGAGUUCUGCGAUCUGUAAGACCAGCCAGUGUUACCGCUUCUCCGCUCGCUAUGACGUGUCCUCAAGCUGGUGUGAUCACUCCGGUGCCCUCUACUGUUAGGAGUGGGAUCAGCAUGGCACAGAGCGACAGGAGAUGCACCAGUUAACCCUGAACAGUAUUAUUUACUACUACUACUAUUACUAAAGGUCUCAUUACUAUGAAUGACUUUACUCUUGACAUUGAAAAGCACCGGCCGCAGGUGUGAGAAUGAAUACAUGUCAAAUGUAGGAUCAAACCUGCCCGGUGCUGUUUAACUGUUUGUGUUUAUUUUUUUAAGAGAUGAAUUGUAGAGUUCAAUGUAUUUUGCACACGUUUCUCUAAGAGGUGACUAUAAGGACGUAUUACUGAAUGACUUUCUUAUUUUAUUAUCAGCUCCAUUCCACCCCAGGUUAAACCGGAGCAGCUGAAACAGAAACCUUAUUUUCUUUCUCUGUGGAGCACUUGUCAUGCUGCAGAAAGAUCAGCAGCAUAGUCAGAUGCUAACAAAUGCUCCAUGAGGUGAUGACUGUCAGUGGCAACUCUAGCAAUCAAGUGUGUUUUCUUUCCAAAUCUGCAUUGCAGUAAUGCUUAAUAAUAAGUGGCCAGUUUGAUUCCAGAUGUUGUGAGAUUACACUAAAAAAAUGCAGCUGUUGCACUUAUUCUUCAGAUCACUUGAUAUUUCACAUUGUAAUUCAUGCAUCUGAACACAGCCGUGGAUAUUCAUGAUGUUAAAGCCAAGUAUUUAUUAUAUUGCCAAAGAUCAAAUAUGUUGCUGUGCAUAUCGGAGAUUUCAGCUGGUGGAUGAACAUCACGGCAGUUAAAGGCAGUGUGUCCUUAAGCUAUUGUGCCAACUAAAUGCAUGAGCCCUGCUUUGGACUCUUUAGAACAUUUCAUAUUACUACUUUUAACUGUCAGUAAGUUCAGUGGUAAAUCACAGCAUCAUCUGUAAGUGUAUUCAUCCAGUUAUCCUCAGAUGGUCACUAACUAUAAAAAAUACACAAACUUUCCUCAAAGUCCUGUUACCUAUAGUAAUGUUAAAAUAUUACUUGUGCUAAGUUGUUUCUUACUGUCACAGAUGAAAAACCUGAAUAUAAAUGAUUAGAAAGAAGCCUGAUGCUGAGUUUUAAUCAGCCUCAUGCAUCUGUUCAGUCCCACUGAGCCGAGUGGAAACUCCACUCAGUUCUUCAUGAACCUUAGCAGGAUUUUACAGCAUGGUAAUGGGAUCCACAGCUGGCACCAAGCCCGUCUGCCUGCAUACUUAUGUCCUGAAUGCAUCUUUGAGAAGAAGUGACUGACACUGUUGUGUAAUACCGUUGCCUCUGACAUUCGUUCACCGCUGUGUUUUACCUCAAAAACCUGAUCAUGUCUAGGGCUCCUCUCACUGAGACUCCCUGACAUUUUUGUUUCUAUUAACUUUUUUUUUUCAUUGUCAGAUUAAUUUUUUUCAUGCAAAAAAAUGAGGAGGUUCUCUGUAAAACCUUACUCUGAAUCCUGUAUUCUGUUUAACGCUCCAUGGUUUUGGACUUAAUGCCUGGCAUUGCCUUGGUUAUGUUACAAAAAUUGAAUGUCAGAAAUAAAAUGAACGAUCCACUUUGGACUCAA